AUGUCUCUCCCCGGGCUAGACCUCACGCAGCCAACAGCAGAGAGACAGCAAGCUCCCGCACCGCCUACGCAGAUCAGCUUGUCCAAGGGCUCGGAAUGGCGAUUCGAGGUCGCUUUUGGGACAGCUGUACGGGUUAAACUCCUAGCCGGUACUGCAGAAUUGUUCGGAACAGAGCUUGCUGCCUCUCAAACAUACACCUUCUCCGGAACAAAAGCGGCCAUUUUCACCUGGCAUGGCUGUACACUUGAGGUCAGCGCGGGGGAUGCGGCGCCCGGGUUAGAUGGAUUCGUUUCCUCGACGAUUACGACAACCUCCACGAAUGGAGCGGCAGCAGGGACAACGCGCGGCCAAGGAGCCGGUGGCUGCCAGAGCGAGUACACGGCCGAAGAAACGCCAAUGGUAGAAUACGCGAACGUACAUUUUGCGCUGGAGACGAUGCGACAGGAGGCCAAAGCUACAGGGAAGGAUGGCCCACGGGUUUUGAUCCUGGGGCCUGAGAAUGCGGGGAAGACAAGCCUGGCGAAAAUCUUAACAGCCUACGCGACCAAAGUUGGACGGCAGCCUGUCGUGGUAAAUUUGGAUCCGGCCGAGGGCUUGCUGAGUGUUCCGGGCACAUUGACGGCGACGGCGUUUCGGACCAUGAUUGAUGUCGAGGAGGGCUGGGGCAAUAGUCCCAUGUCUGGUCCGAGCCCCGUGCCUGUCAAGUUGCCUCUUGUGUAUUUCUACCCGAUGCAGAGUCCGCUGGAGGCGGAUGGUGCUGUAUACAGGCCUGUUGUCUCCAGGUUGGCCUUGUCGGUUAUGGGGAGGAUGGCAGAGGAUGAGGAUUCCAGGGAGACGGGGAUCAUUGUUGACACGCCUGGUAUUCUGAGUCAAGGGAAACCCGGAGCGCUUGAGAUGAUACAACAUAUUGUGACGGAGUUUUCUAUCUCAACGAUCCUCGUCAUCGGCUCGGAACGCCUAUAUAGCAGCAUGGUGAAGAGCUAUGAUAACAAACCGACAUCUAGUGCCUCAGCGGCGGCCUCAGAUGAACGCAUCUCAGUCGUUAAGCUCUCCAAGUCUGGCGGCUGUGUUGAUCGUGACGCAGUAUUCAUGAAGGGUAUCCGUGAAGCUCAAAUCCGGUCAUAUUUCUUCGGGAAUCCCAUUCCAUCCACCGCGUCCGCUGCCCUCUCUCUUUCCGCGACCUCCCUUACCAAUAUCACUCUAUCCCCACACGCCUCACAACUAGAUUUUGACAGCCUAUUCAUCUACCAAUAUACGACAUCUUCCGACGAAGAUGAGGACGAAUACGAUCCAUCCCAGCUAGGAACCUCAGACUCCUUCCUCCCAGGAGGCGCCAGUGAUUCUGAUCUGAAACCGCAACCUGCAGACACACCUUCAGCUUCCUCAUUCUCUCUGCCUGGCAUCGGCAUGGCAGGGGGUCCGUCAUCAUCAUCCCCUGACCCCUCAACUUCAUCCUCCGUGCCUUUAAAGAAACUCCCUCCCCCUCCACCCGCUGGGUUAGCGAACUCCCUCCUCGCAAUCACACAUGUGGCGCCUAACGCUUCCGUGUCGGAAAUUCGAGACGCGAGCAUCAUGGGUUUUCUGUAUGUAGCUGAUGUGGAUAGGGAUAAGGGGAAGAUUCGUAUCCUUGCUCCUGUUGGUGGGAGAGUGCCUUCGAGGGCUAUUGUUUGGGGACGGAAAUGGCCUGGUCAGGUUGUUGGGUUGGUUGGGUAG